AUGGCCGACAAAAUGGAGACUGAUACCAUCUCUGGUACGAAGAGAAAGGCGGAAGAAGAUCCCGAAGAGUCCAGUGCGCCUCGUCGAAUCCGGGCACUUGAUCCUGGUGUAGUCAACAAAAUUGCGGCAGGAGAGAUCAUUGUUGCCCCAGUAAAUGCUCUUAAAGAACUGAUUGAAAACUCCGUUGAUGCAGGCGCUACCUCACUCGAAGUUUUGGUUAAGGAGGGCGGCCUCAAACUCUUACAGAUCACCGAUAAUGGCAGCGGCAUCCAGAAAGAUGACCUGGAUAUCCUCUGCGAGCGUCAUACAACCUCAAAGAUAACGUCUUUCGAGGAUCUGGCUUCUAUCGCCACCUACGGGUUUCGCGGCGAGGCGCUAGCAAGUAUCAGCCACAUUGCCCACCUUUCAGUCACCACCAAAACCAAAGACUCCAGCUGCGCAUGGCGUGCUCAUUACCUCGAUGGCAAGCUAGCUCCUGCUAAGCCCGGCCAAACGGCGGAGCCGAAGCCAACUGCCGGCCGCCAGGGCACCCAGAUCACCGUUGAGGACCUGUUUUUCAACAUACCAACUCGUCGUCGAGCUUUUAGGUCGCCCGCCGAGGAGUACAACAAAAUCAUUGAUGUGGUGGGCCGCUACGCCGUCCACUGCAAUGGAGUAGGCUUCUCAUGCAAGAAGCACGGCGAGUCGGGCACAAGCGUCUCCAUCCCGGCCACUGCGAGCGAAGUCGACCGCAUUCGCCAGCUCUACGGAUCCAGCGUCGCCAAUGAACUAAUGGAGUUCUCCACGUCUGAAGACCGUUGGGGUUUCAAGGCAAGUGGUUUGGCGACCAACGCCAACUACCAUAUCAAAAAGACCACACUGCUCCUAUUCAUCAACCACAGAUCGGUCGAUUCAGGAAACAUAAAGAAGGCGCUCGAGCAGCUGUAUGCCACAUUUCUUCCCAAAGGCGGUCGCCCAUUCAUCUACCUUAGCCUAGAGAUUGAUCCUUCUCGUGUCGAUGUCAACGUUCACCCUACCAAACGAGAAGUCCAUUUCCUCAAUGAGGACGAUAUUAUCCAGUCAAUAUGCGAGCACAUCCGCACAAAGCUCGCCGAGGUAGAUACCAGUCGCACAUUUAUGGCACAGAGUCUCCUCCCAGGUAGUCGUUUGAUGGAUAAUUCUCCUCUGCCCGAUAGCGACAAUUCACCCAGUACACCGGCGAAGGAAGCAGCAGGCUCCAAGCGGCCGCGGAGGAACUCUAAUAGCCUCGUUCGUACCGACACGAGCUUGCGAAAGAUUACUAGCAUGCUACCUCUGGCAACCAAUGCAACGCCGUCUAAAGCCUCAUCGUCGGCGGACGACAACGCUCUGUCCAUGGCCGAGAAUAUUCAAUAUGAAAUCGUAGACAAGCCCUUUGCCCCAAUGAGACUGAGUAGCGUCAAGGAGCUUCGAGCUGAGGUUCGGGAUGACAUGCACAAUGAUCUUACUGAUAUAUUUGCCAACCACACAUUCGUUGGCGUCGUCGAUGAACGCCGGCGGCUAGCUGCCAUCCAGGGCGGUGUAAAGCUAUACCUGAUUGAUUAUGGCCGUACCUGCUACGAGUACUGCUACCAAGUCGGCCUCACUGACUUUGGAAAUUUUGGUACUAUACGGUUCAAUCCUCCGCUAGACUUGCGCGAGGUCCUCCGUAUAGGAGCAGAAAUAGAAAAGAACGAGAUCGAGGCCCCCGAAGAAGAUUUUGAAAUAGAAGAGGUAGUCGAGAAAGUCGCAUAUCAAAUCAUUGAGCGACGGGAGAUGAUCAAUGAGUACUUCUCCCUCGAAGUCUCUCCUGCGGGCGAGUUACUUUCCAUUCCUCUUCUGAUCAAAGGCUACACUCCUCCCAUGGUCAAGUUGCCCCGCUUCCUACUUCGCCUCGGGCCUUGCGUCAACUGGACCGAGGAGAAGCCUUGCUUCGAAACCUUUUUGAAGGAAUUAGCAUCUUUCUAUACACCUGAGCAGCUGCCACCGACAGUUGGUGGAGAUGCGGGCGAGAAUGAAGCAGAGGAUACCAUUGAUGAACGAAUAGCAGCGCGACGAAGAAACGUGCGUUGGGCUAUAGAGCAUGUGUUCUUUCCCGCCUUCAAGGCGAGACUAGUUGCAACAACUUCCAUGAUGAAGGCUGCUGUGUUGGAGGUUGCUGACCUGAAGGGUUUGUAUCGGGUGUUUGAGAGAUGUUAG